AUGGACCUCCGCGUCGGCAACAAGUACAGAAUCGGCCGCAAGAUUGGUAGCGGCAGUUUCGGUGACAUCUACCUCGGUACCAACAUCAUCUCUGGUGAGGAGAUCGCCAUCAAGCUCGAGAGCGUCAAGGCGAAGCACCCCCAGCUCGAAUAUGAGGCCCGCGUCUACAAGUCGCUCGCUGGCGGUGUCGGCAUCCCCUUUGUCCGCUGGUUCGGAACCGAGUGCGACUACAACGCCAUGGUCUUGGACCUGCUCGGCCCUUCCCUCGAGGACCUCUUCAACUUCUGCAACCGCAAGUUCUCCCUGAAGACUGUUUUGCUCCUCGCCGAUCAGCUCAUCUCCCGCAUUGAGUACAUCCACGCCAAGUCCUUCAUCCACCGCGACAUCAAGCCCGACAACUUCCUUAUGGGCAUUGGCAAGCGCGGCAACCAGGUCAAUGUCAUCGACUUUGGUCUGGCCAAGAAGUACCGCGAUCCCAAGACGCACUUCCACAUCCCGUACAGAGAGAACAAGAACUUGACUGGUACCGCCCGCUACGCCUCCAUCAACACUCACUUGGGUGUCGAACAAUCCCGCCGUGACGACAUGGAGUCUCUGGGCUAUGUCAUGCUUUACUUCUGCCGUGGAUCCCUUCCCUGGCAGGGUCUUAAGGCGGCCACCAAGAAGCAGAAAUACGACCGCAUCAUGGAGAAGAAGAUGACGACUCCCACCGAGGUCCUCUGCCGUGGCUUCCCCAACGAGUUCGCCAUCUACCUCAACUACACCCGUUCCCUCCGCUUCGAUGACAAGCCCGACUACUCGUACCUCCGCAAGAUUUUCCGCGACCUCUUCGUCCGUGAAGGCUUCCAGUACGACUACGUGUUCGACUGGACCGUCUACAAGUACCAGAAGAACGCCCAAGCCAUCGCCCAGGCUGCCAACCAGGGCCAGGGCGAGGAAGACGACAAGGGCCGCGGACGCCACGUCACCACCACCGCCGCUGCCAACGCGGGCACGGCAGCUGGCACCAAGCGCGGUCCGGUCAACGCGCGCCAGGAGGGCACCGGAAUGUGA